UGUCGAGCAGCUAAGGCAAAUGUCGUCAAUGGACAAAUCAAUUGUACCGUAUCUGACGUCGAAAUCACCAUUCGCAGAAGAUGAGUUUGUACCUGGUCAGGAUGUGGUUGAUGCGAUCCACAAUGCAAGAAUACUGGUACUAGGAGCUGGGGGCCUUGGAUGCGAGAUAUUGAAGGACCUAGCAUGUUCUGGGUUCACAGACAUCCACGUUAUUGAUAUGGAUACAAUAGACUUGUCCAAUCUCAACAGACAGUUUCUGUUCAGAAGAGCCGAUAUUGGUAAAUCCAAAGCAGAGACAGCUGCCAAAUUCAUCAUGAAGAGGUUCCCGAAUGUGAAGAUCACGCCGUAUUUUGGUAGGUUACAGGAUAAGGAGGAUGAUUACUAUAGGCAAUUCUCACUGGUAAUCUCUGGGUUGGAUUCUAUAGAGGCAAGAAGGUGGAUAAACAACAAGCUGGUUCAGCUUGUGGAUCCAAACGAGUUUGAUUCGCUUAAGCCACUCAUCGAUGGUGGAACUGAAGGGUUCAGAGGACAGGUGAAGGUGAUAUUCCCAACGUUUUCAGCAUGCUAUGAAUGUUCACUGGACACGAUUAGUGGAUCAACAACUUACCCAAUGUGCACGAUUGCAAACAAUCCAAGACUACCAGAACAUUGUAUCGAGUACGUCAGCUCUGUUCUCUGGAAGGCAGAGUUUCCAAAUGAAAAAUUGGAUAUGGACAUACCGCAACACGUGGACUGGAUUUUAAAGUAUUCACUGGAAAGGGCUCAAAUGUUCAACAUCGAUGGUGUUGAUAGAAAAUUAGUUUUGGGAGUAGUCAAGAACAUUAUACCGGCAAUUGCAUCUACAAAUGCAAUCAUCGCUGCUUCGUGUUGCAACGAAGCAUUCAAGAUCCUCUCGAGUUCGGCACCUGUUUUAGAUAACUUCAUGAUGUAUUCAGGAGCAGAUUCUGUGUUUACGUAUUCCUUUGCAUACGAAAGAAAGGAAUCAUGUCCAGUAUGUGGUGGCAGAUAGACUGUUGUAUAUAAUUGUUCCUUAAGUUUUGUU